AUGGAAAUGACCCCGCUCCCUCCGCGCUGGGGAAUUACCUAGCAGCGCAUUGUUAAUGUUUGCUGUGCCUCUCUGCUUGGGCCAUUUUGAAUAUGAGGCUUCACUUCAGUUAUUACGGUGUGAUUCAUGAAUUUAUGGUUGAAAGAAAGCCUCAUUUACAUGUACGUAAGACUGAUUGUUUAAUUUGUACAUGUAGGCCACGCUACACUGAGCAUCAGGCUGCGUUUUGUCGACUAGCGGUUUAACCAACACAGCCCAUCAGUGUGUAGGAUUAGGGACAUUCCCUUUUGACUACGCGUACAGUACGUGGCAUAAUGGCGCGCCACUACUAAACCAUGAUGUAUGCGUGCAAGCAGGGGGGAAUUCCCGUGUUAGUGACUGUCGUUUCCUCCCCAUAAGGGAUCGUCACAGAUACUUCUCUUCGUGUUAGUUACAUGUCCGUGGAAGUCGUGACUUUUUGCCGGGAUUUUGGGCGGCAGAUCGGAGGGUUACCCUAACAACUCACAGGAUCAUAGGCCCAUUUGGAUAAUUUCCAACAUUGUUUUCAGAGUUUAAACGACGGACAGCACUCUUUGGUAGGAAUUUCCUGACAAUGCAUCACCGUAUUGCACGGCACUGACAACAUUCAUCUUGGUGUUCAACCCUAGACUUUCAUCCCAGUCCACCGCGUCCCGAUGCCUAAUCGGUAUUCCCCUGUGCCGACCAAAAUGACGGAGCAGGACAACAGGGACACUUCAAUCUACCACACCAUGCAGACUCUACCCCUAAACCUGUCCGCAUCUGAUGAAAAGCCCGAGUUAGAACAGACUUCCAGCAACGAGGUGGCAGGACCCGAGUUGGAUGUGAACCAGGAGCCAGUGGGGUUACCGACACAGCAGGACGAUAAACCAGUGAGAACUUCAGUCAACGGGGAUGUCGAUCACGACCGGAAAGCCGAGAAGAGCAAUGUACCGGCCGUUCAGGAUAAGUACCACCAAGUACCGGCACCGGCGGCACGACCGCGGUCCGCCCCCAGGAAAAAGGCCGACGCGCCGGCCAAGCCUGGCCGGCGAUCGCGCUACGACUUACCCGUGGGCCCGCUGACCAACCCCCUUGCAGCGGUCAAGACUGAAUCCCGGAGCCAUCAGCAAGUGGACCGGAAGGUACCGAGCCCCGGACUGGCUCAGGUCAGCUCCUCACGCCCCGUGGUUUCUGCGAUACCGGCCGGCAUCUGGAGACACUCGGACUCGCCUUAUACCGGGGGGUUUCCCGCGGAGUCACCGGCAAGAUUCGUUCAUCAGUUACCGGCAAUGGUUACCUACCCUCGAUCACAAACACAGGCAGUCGAUGGAGGGAGGCGGGUGGUGGCGGAGAGAAAGAUACCAGGGAACACCCUGCAGCGUGCUCGUGCCCCAGCACCACAGCAGCUUCAGCAACAACAGCAGCAGCAACAGCAACAACAACUGCAGCAGCAGCAACAGCAGUUACAGCAGCAGCAGCAACAGCAACGACAGCAGCAACAGCAUCUUGCUGUGGAUCCGAGCUACAAUCUUUACAUGGCGGUCGAAUGCCACCGCGCCACGGCCCAGGAUGAGGACGGCGACACACCACUUCACAUUGCUUUGUCCCAGGAGGAGGUGGAUAUCAGACUCAUCUGCCGAUUGGUGGAACUCAUUCGGCUCGCUGGAAAGUCAUUGGAUAUCCUCAAUGACAUGCAGCAGACGCCGCUACACAUAGCGGCCAUAACCGGCAACCCAGGCGCGGCGCGCAUCUUGGUAGACCACGGUGCGAAUGGUAACGAGACGGAUCGUAACGGACAGACGGCCAUGCAUAAUGUCUGCUCCAACCCCUCCAGCGGCUCAUGCGGCACGCUAGAGGCUAUACUGAGAUACUCCAAGGUCAAGCUGCAGUUGGACAAGAGAAACUACAGUGGAUUUACUCCUAUGCACAUAUCGGUUAUGAACCGACAGUAUGGAUUGACCAAACUUCUCAUUGAGCAUGGAGCUAAUGUCAACUGCCCGGAUGACAAAAGUGGUUGGACCCCUCUCUUCCACGCCGUGACCAAUCAGGACACGGAGCACGUCCAGUUGCUGAUGACCGGCAACGCGCAGGUCAACCAGCAGUCCUACUCCGGCAACACUGCCCUCCAUGUCGCGACGGGGCGAGGUUUCUCAGAGAUUGUCCGUCUUCUCAUGCGAUACGGUGCGGACAUGAGUCUGAGGAACACGCACAAGGAUACACCAGGGAUGGUUGCCACUGACAACAAUAUGACCAACAUUCUGCGAGGCGUUCCCCCAAGCAGCCCCUCUCUAGGGUCCAGUGGAAGCACGCGCUACUCCUCCCCCAGCCCCCAACAACAACCACCCCUGACUAACGGGGUCAUGCUGGUCUCUAAGCAGUCCCCCUCACCACUCAGUGUCAAUCAGCGUGUCCCCACCCCCACGGCCGCACCCCAGAUGAAACCCGGCAACACACCACCCACUAGGAAGCAGACUGAGAGAUCCCAGAGGGGUGGGAAGCGGGAGAGAGGAUCUCGACGAUCCAGCGCCGCAAAGCUUGACAGCGCCUCCGCUGGCCAGGCCACGCCACCACUGGUCCCUGUUAGCGGGACACCGGCCGACGGGUCAAAGGACACUAAGGAGGACUCUGAUGACGGGUCAUCGACUCGUCGGGUAUCUGUCAUCGUCGCACCCAAAUCUCUCAAAAGGCGCUUGAUCGAACGGAUUGAACGUGACGAGCAAGGAAAAAAGUUAGCGUCAACAUCCACAGAGUCCCUCAUCUCCAAGAAGAAACCAAAAGCAGAGCCAGAGCACUCUGUAAUGGAAGCCGACAAAGUGAACGGUAUCUCAGAAUCCAAGCCUUCUCAGCUCUCUCAUAAUGAUCGGGAGUCGCAAUCAUCGCCCAGCCAGGCAGAACCGAUGGACCUCACAAAACGCAAGGCAAAUGACACCACCCUGCCAAGAGAUCUUCCCCCAAACAGCCCCUCUAGUAGUGCGUCAUCAUUUUCCAUCGGAGAGGACAAAAUAGGACAUGUAGACACCACAGAGCAUUCCUCAGAGGAGGCUGUAAAGACAAGUGAGAAGGAUGAGACACUUAAGGAGGCAGGCAUUGAGAGCGAGCAAGAAGAUGAGGAUGCAUCUGAUGGGGAGACAGAGACAGUUGAAGAUGCUUCCAGGAGUAGCUCCUCCAAGAAAGAGAAGAAGAGAAAGAAGAGCGAAAAGCUUCCUCCUAAAAAGAGAAAGUAGGUCGAAGGACUUGAACUUCGAAGAUGCACAUGAUACAUGUGUCUUCGUGCGACAAGAAUGUCAAAAGAAAUCAAAGAAUAUUCUUUUUGGAAAUGCAAAAAGUGAAAAUUGUAAAAAAAAAAAGAAGUUUAAGAUGUACCAGAUUGUUUUGGUCACCAUUCUACAUAAUUUGUACACAUAAUGUUCUUAUUAAAAACUGCCAGAGUAUGUUUUUUGUAAUAGCGCCAUCUUGUGGUGAAGUUAUGCCAAAGUGGAAUGUAACACUUUUCCAGAACUUCCAUGUGAUGGCAGAGUCGUAACCCAGGACCCAAUUUCAUGGUUCUGCUUAGCCGCUUACUGUAGCAGAAAAUUAUGUGCUAACAGUUAGCAUAUUUCAGGUUAGCAAGUAAUUUUGGCUUAUGCACAUGCAUACAUGUACAUCCCAUAACCAUUCUGUGCUCACAGGGUUAGCACAAAACAUUUUGACUAGCGCUGGUAGCGCAGAAUGGUGAUCGCAAACGCGGAAUUCUGGGGUUAGCAGAAGCGUGAAAUUGGGAGCGG